AUGGAUCAAGUCGUCAAGCUUCGAAAAGCUUCCGAAGAUCGAACCGACUUCGAGGACAACCAGUUUGAUCUUGAUGAUCGCGAGCAUCGGGCGACUGUCGAACGAACUUUUCGAUUGAGCAGCCAUCAGUCUAUCACUAAAGACAUGGUGUCUUUCAUAGUCGAUGGAUCUCAAUCCUCAGACAUCAACCAAGGGGGUCUUGGAGAUUGUUGGUUCCUAGCAGCUCUUUCGUGUAUUGCCACAAAGGAUCAGCCAGGAACUGAAGUUGCGAAAAUCAAGGAAGAUACAAUUGAAACGGUCUUGCAAGUCGGCUUCAAUAAAACAAUGAUGGCCGAAGGCACCGGAGGAUUUAAAUUCAAAUUUUUCCGAAUGGGCGAAUGGGUCGAUGUCGUUAUUGACGACAAGCUGCCACUGAGAAAACGAGCUCGGCCAUCUGAUUCUGGCGAAUGGUGGGUGCCUCUCACGGAGAAGGCAUAUGCUAAGUUCAAUGGAGGCUACGAAAAAAUCCAGGGAGGGCAGACGGGUCGAGCAAUGACAGAUCUCAGCGGUGGAAUAGCUGUGGAUAUGAACGACUUCGAGUACGGCCUUGGAGUCAAUGAGAAUAACACCAUCAACGGAAUCAAUUUGGUUGAUCUUCUCAAGAAAAUCCAACGAAACGCGCUCAUCUGCACAUCAAACAGAGACGGAGCCGGAAACGAGCAGAUUAGAAAGGGUCUUGUUUCUGGUCAUGCUUACUCACUUUUGGCCGUCGACACAAUGACGUUGUCCGAUGGAAGCAAAAAAGACAUGGUCAAGAUUCGAAAUCCAUGGGGACAAACAGAGUGGACAGGGGAUUGGAGCGAUAAAGACUCCGCUAACUGGAGCCGUGUUCCCGCUGAAGAAAAGAAGCGCUUGAAAAUGGAUGAGGCCACAAAUGAUGGUGCGUUUUGGAUGGCUCUUCGGGACUGGGUUGACGAGUUUGAAAAUCUCGCCAUCUGCGCACUUCCAGGCUUGGAUGUCAACGAUCCGGAUGGAAUCAUUUCAGAGGAAGAAAUGAGGAACCGAGAUCAUCGAGUCAAAGGAACAUUCCGACCUGGGAAAAAUGCCCCACUUAACACCGGCCAUCUAUGCCAGACUUUCCGAAACCCAGUUUUCUCCACACAAGUCGAGCUGACUGUCGAUGCAUACGGCGGAACGGAUAGCCGUUUAGUCUGGCUCCAGGUACUUACUGACACGCCCUUGAAAGAGAACCGACUGCUGAUGGUGAACUUUUGGGCUAAACGAAAUGACGAUUCUGAGUUCGACGGCCCGCAGACUUCAAGAAACUUCAGAAGGUUCAAAAAGAUAGAACCAGUUAUUCCAGCUUCACCUGGUUACAACAUUUCCGUCUACCAGCACAACGGCUUCUUACUCAACCUCAAUCCUGGCAAAUACCUCAUUACCUUAUCCUCAUGCAUGCAACAAAACUGCACCGACCCAGCUGACUUCAUGGUCCGAGCGAUGGGAGCAAACCUCAAACUUCGUCCCCUUACUUCGAUGUAG